ACCUCUGUGUGAGUCACGGGGUUUCAGCUUGGGCUCCAUCAUUGAUCCGGAGUUACCAGAGGAUUUUCUUAACCUUCACCUAGCGUGUGCUACCCCAAGCUGGAUCUCAAAGACAGCAAGAUAGCAACGAUCCCAAACAUUCUUAAAAGGUGGUCAUUCCAGAAAAAUGAGGAUAUGUAGUGUUUUUACAUUCGUGGCUUACUGUUGUUUGCUGAAAGCAUUUACUAUCACAGUUCCCAAGGACCUGUAUGUGGUAGAGUAUGGCAGCAAUGUGACAAUGGAAUGCAAAUUUCCAGUAGACAAACAAUUAAACCUGUUGGCAUUAGUUGUUUACUGGGAAAUGGAGGAUAAGAAAAUUAUUCAAUUUGUGAAUGGGGAGGAAGACCUGAAUGUUCAGCACAGUAGCUACAGCCAGAGGGCCCAGCUGUUGAAGGACCAGCUCUUCUUGGGAAAGGCCGCACUUCAGAUCACAGACGUGAAAUUGCAGGAUGCAGGUGUUUACUGCUGCUUGAUCAGCUAUGGAGGUGCCGACUACAAGCGGAUUACUUUGAAAGUCAAUGCCCCAUACCGCAAAAUCAACCAAAGAAUUUCUAUGGAUCCAGUCACGGCUGAACACGAACUAACGUGUCAGGCUGAGGGUUACCCUGAGGCUGAAGUCAUCUGGACAAGCAGUGACCACCGAGUCCUGAGUGGCAAAACCACCGUCACCAGUUCCCAGAGGGAGGAGAAGCUUUUCAAUGUGACCAGCUCGCUGAGAAUCAACACAACAGCUAAUGAGAUUUUCUACUGCAUUUUCCGGAGGUUAGGUCAUGAGGAAAACAGUACAGCUGAGUUGGUCAUCCCAGAGCCAUAUGUGGAUCCAGCAAAAAAGAGGACUCACUUGGUGGUUCUGGGAGCUGCCCUGUUGGUUCUUGGUAUAAUCCUGACAGUCAUCUUCUGUCUAAAAAGAGAUGUGAGAAUGAUGGAUGUGGAAAAAUGUGUCACCCGAGAUACAAACUCAAGGAAACAAAAUGAUCCCCAGUUUGAGGAGACGUAAUCCAGCAUUGAAACUUCUGAUCUUAAAGAGGGGUUCUUAGCCUGUCGUUUGAGUUCGUCAGGGCUGAGCAUGACCAGAGGCAUGAAGUAGGCAGAUGAUGUAGAACUUAAAAGGCCCAAGCUCUGAAAAUGGAAGCUGGGAAAGAAGAGGAGGAGAACAAAGGGUGGCCUGCAAGGAAAGCUUGGUACUUCAAAAUGACUCAUCAACGCAAAUGAAAAGGAGGAAGGACGCUUCUGCAUGAUGAACCUCCACGUACAAACUGUCCAUCACUCAUCCUAGGAAAACAGGUUGAGAUUCCCUGAAUUAAUGGUCAGUUCCUGCAGAAGGGCCCUUUGCCUUCACUUAAUAUUUUGUGUUGUCUUCUGGGUGAUUGUGAGUCCUGAUGUUGCAACACUAUUUAAGUAUGAGUUAUUUCUAUUUAUUUUGAGUCUGAGUGGUCUUGUCAUGUGAGUGUGAUUGUGGGUGACUUCUUUUGAAGAUAUACUGUAGCCUAAGUUAAAUCUUGUUACCAAACCAAACUUACUGAUUAUAGAAUUGUGUGAGUCCAGUAGAAUAUAUACUAUUUGUGAAGUGCUUGAUAUACUUUAUAACUAUCAGCAUAUUGGAAGUAUAGAUAAUGAACCACUUGUUUGCAUAGGAUAUUACUUUAUAUAACCCAUUGAUAUUUGGAUUGACUUGAAUAAUCUUAUUCUCAGACCUCAGAAUAAGAUGUUACCAAAAUAGCUGUUACAUUUAAUUAUCAGCUUUACAACUAUGUAUACACAUAGUCUCAUUUCAUCCCUGUUACAAGGGUGUUGUGGUAAGCACUAUUAUUAUACCCAUUUUGCAGCUGAGGGAGCAGAGAGAUAAAGUAACUUGCCCAAGACAAUAAAUAACAGACCUCAGAUUUUCAAGACUGUCACCCACUGUCCUUUUAGAAUAAAAUUUACAGAUGUGUUUUAUUUUAAGAAAUUAAUUCAUUCAACAAACAUUUAGGUAGUGCCUUAGCAUGUCAGUCACCCUGCCAGGCAGAGAGUCUACAGAUGUGAGCAAGAUAAAGCAUCUCUCCUCAAGGAGCACGUAGUAUAAUGGGGACAUCAAUAAGAAAAUGUAGCAUGUGUCGUGGCUCCUGCCUGGCCUGGCUCGCGGGCGUGCUGGCUGGGGAGGGGGCCCAGAGCGAGGUUGCCGUGCCUGUCGCUCCUGCCCCGCCCCUCUCCCUCCCUCCUCUUUCACCUCCGAGGCCAGGAGGGAGGGAGCGGUGUGCCCGCCAGCUGAGCCGCCAGUCCGACCCUCUGUUCUGCUGUGUGAGGAGCCAGCUGAGCGAAGCUCUGCCCGGAGAUUUAAGGAGAAAAAAAAAACAAGUAUUACUUCAGUGUAGUGCAGUAUCAUAGCAUAAAGUAGUGGAGGAGAAUGAUGGUGUGAGGAGGAAAGUCUAGAAUGCUGCCAGAGGAGGGGAUGCUCUGGGUGGCCAGCCAGUGUGUUCCUGGACAUUUGAAAAUAUUUAAACAUUUCAUUAAUCAAAGCAGUUUUAAUUUAUGAGAAGUCAACUUUUUUUAAAAUUGUGGAAAACAGCUCCUGAAUUCCUUUUCUAUCGUUAUAUUUACCCCUGAUUUGCUUGCCUUUGUCAUGCAAUUUGAUGCUUAUUUAUAUACUGUCCAGAAUUGUUUAGUUUUCUUUUUUAUUUAAAUACAAUUGAAUUUUGAAUUCAUACUUUUUCAUGAUUUAAAAUUUAAAAAGUCCAAUAGGGCUCCAUUCCAUCCUCUUACUCAUUUGGUUUUCCAUUCCAGAAGAAACCAUUCUUGUCUUUUGUCUUUUUUCUUUCAAAGAUAUUCUAUGAAUAUAUGUGGAAAUAUUUGUAAAAUGUAUAUACGUUGUUAGUUUUUUGCUCUUUUUCAUAUAAGUUUUAAUACAUUAUGCAUCUGCUGUGCACUUUGCUAUUUUUAUUUAAUAUACUACUUCUUAUGUAACAGACAGAACAAAUUUGAAGUUCCCAGGGGCUGAGCACUAUGUCUUGUUUGUUUCUAAGUCAUCUUUUCCAUAGCCUCUUAGUAUCUCUCAUACAACUUGGUAUGUGCUAAAUAGUCGCUAUAUCUGCAUUUAGACAAUCAACAUUUGUUGAGUACUUGUUCUGUGACUAAGUUUGGAUUUGGUUCAUUUUGUGUUUCUCAAGGAGAGAGUGUUUCUCAAAAUGAGUUUUCCAGGGUACAGUGAGGUCAAACUAGCCCUAAAGGAUGUCUUUAUUGUUAACUCUGUAUGAUAGAAUCCUGUCUGGAACUUGUUUUUUUUCUGCUUUCUCUUGAGUUUUAGCUUGACUUUGAUGUUGCACUUGCAAACUUACAUGUUCUUUUGGGGAAAUUUUAGUAUGGGUACCUUGAUCUUAGACCCUCAUUUGUGCCAGAAAAGGCCCAUGAGCUAUGCCUGAACCCUUGCGUUCCACCAGUUCUCACCACUACACAGGCGUCCUAAAACAUUGCUUUCCAAAGGUUCAGAUGCCCUCUCAGGAGGUUCCAGACUAUUUCUUCCCUCUUAGCCAUCUACCUGACAAGGGAAACCUUCUUUGCUUUGCCUCGUAUCAAGGCUGAAGAAACAGACUCUCUAGCAGAAUUCCUUCUGUUAUCUUUUUUGUACAUGUUUAUGUGUACAAUAUCUGUUGUUUAUGUGACAAGACCCUUUGUGUGAAGUACAAGCGAGGAUUCUGGUUCAGCAAGAUGUAAAGUCUAUUUACUUCAUUCCCAAAUCUUAAUGCCUUCUUGUGGUGUUGGAUUUGCAAGGCACUUUAUCCCUUUGUCUUAUUUCAUUGUCAGUGGCAUAGGCAGAGAUGAUACCUAAUUCUGCAUUUGUCACUAUUUAUGCCUUCACUAAUUUAAUAAAAUAUUCUUAUUUAUUUUGCUCCUCAA